AUGAAUUUGAUUGCCAACUAUGUGGAUUUCGGCGCGCACCAAUGCUUGCCGGCUGUGCUACGCUGGUGUGACACUGCUGGCAUCUACCCGUUGUCACUGCUUGAUGCAGAAACACGAGCUCAGCUGUUGGAGACAUGGUCACGCUAUUCUGUCAUGCGGUCAAUCCAGAUGGAGGUACAUGUGCGGGGCCAUCAAUGGGAGAGGUUGCUUGCCAAUUCGUGUACCGGAACCAUGGUGCGGGUUCAGCCGAUGAUCACUCGGCUCGGGCGCACCAGCUACACGGUUCGGAACGAAGUGACGUCGUCCUCCUUGCCGCUGGCCACAGUGGAAACCGUGAUGGUGCAGUUGGAUGAGUCGCUGUCCAAAUCGGUGCCAUUGAGUUGCAGUGAGCAGUUGAAAUCCAUCCUGAAGCCGCAGAGUACUGCAACUGGAAUUAGAUGCCCAGUCGCCGGUAAGAGGCCUUCUGCUUGUUUUUCCUGGGGCUGUGAAGUGAGACCUUCAGAUUGUGACUUGCUGGGGCACAUGAACAAUGCCAGCUACAUCACACUGGUGGAAGAUGCCCGUCGAGCUGCUGGCUUGACCUUUGAUGUACAGGUCGCCUCGAUUGAAUACCUUCUCCAAGCCAAAGCCUUUGAACUCCUCCAGAUCGCCCUGUGGCGUGACCAGCCAUCCGCACAAGGUCAAUCGGUCAUCGGAUAUGAGAUGAAGGGAGAACAAGGGCUGGUGGCCAGAGGAAGUUUGGUCAGUUUCUUGGAAGCCAAGCUUUGA